GUGUACCCAUGCACCAUCAUCCACUGGUUCAACCAUGUAGGUGAUAACUCUGAUGACGACACAGGGAUGUGGAUAGUCUGCCAAAGCUACCUUGCACCAUGCACAUGCAACAUCAGAAACCUUGUUGUUAUUCAUGUCAACACAAUAUAUCAUGCAGCUCAUCUCAUCCCCAUUUACUCCACUCACAACAUCAAUUCUAGAGAUGUCAGACUGUAG